AGGCCUGGGCAGGCCUGGGCGGGGCUUGGGGCGGUCCAGCUGCCACCUCCCCUUCUCCCCACCGCGGUGGCGGCGGAGGUGGCGGUGGCGGUGGAGGGACUCGACACACACCGGUCCCGCUCGCGCCCCAGCCAAAGCUGAAGCUGCAGCCGGCUUCAGGCCGGGGCCAUGGGCGCCCCGCGCCGCCCAGGUCAUGAGGACGGAGGCGGAGGCAGCGGGGCCGCCACUGGAGCCGGGGGACUUUGUGCAGCUGCCCGUGCCCAUCGUCCAGCAGCUCUACCACUGGGACUGCGGCCUGGCCUGCUCCAGGAUGGUGCUGCGGUACCUGGGCCAGCUGGAUGACGGCGAGUUCGAGAACGCCCUGCAGGAGCUGCGGCUGACCAGGAGCAUCUGGACCAUUGACCUGGCCUACCUGAUGCGCCACUUCGGUGUGAGACACCGUUUCUGUACCCAGACCCUGGGUGUUGACAAGGGCUACAAAAACCAGUCCUUCUACAGGAAGCACUUUGACACAGAGGAGACUCGAGUGAACCAGUUGUUUGCACAAGCCAAGGCCUGCAAGGUGCUGGUGGAGAAAUGCACCGUGAGUGUGCAGGACAUCCAGGCGCACCUGGCACAGGGCCACGUGGCCAUUGUGUUGGUGAACUCGGGGGUGCUGCACUGCGACCUCUGCUCCAGCCCCGCCAAGUACUGCUGCUUCGCCCCCCGUGGCCACCGCUGCUUCUGCCGCACCCCCGACUACCAGGGCCACUUCAUCGUGCUGCGUGGCUACAACCGGGCCACUGGCUCCAUCUUCUACAACAACCCAGCCUAUGCCGACCGAAUGUGCAGCACCAGCAUCACUAACUUCGAGGAGGCCAGGACCAGCUACGGCACGGAUGAGGACAUCCUCUUUGUCUACUUGGACAGCUGACAGCGGGAGCCUGGUGUGCCCAGGCCCUCAACCCCACCCUGUCCCGCCUGCCCCAGCUGGGCCCACUCAGGAGGCCCUGGGCUCUGAUGCAGAGCUUCGGCCUCAGUCCAUGUGACAAAACCCCAGGGAACUCUGGGAGACCACAGCACACCUGAUUCAUCCACCAGUGGUGAGUGUCAUCACGCCACUUACCCCACACACCUGCUGGUUGCUGGAGGCAUCCCCAGAGCUGUGCAGAGCUUUCCCAGGACACCCCGCCUGACUCCACUGUGCCCAGGGGACAUGCAGCCCCGAGGGUGUCCUUACUGCCUGCAAGCCAGACCCAGGACUGGAAGAGAGACCUGAGCCUGUCUCCCCACAGACCUGGAGACCAAGCCCUGGAGAGAGAUGUUGCUUGUCAGGACACUUGUGUGUUUGGAGACCAUAGCUGACCCUGGCCUCGUGGGGAGCUGUCCUUACCCUUCUCCCUAGAAGAGCUGCAGAGCCCCCAAGUUCCCAGGGUUGGUUCCCUGGGGAGGGCUGGACCUUAGGCAAAGAGGACUCUGAGGCCCCACAGCCCUCCAGGUACUCCACUCUCUAGGGUAUGGCGCUUUCUGGCCCACAGUGCUGAGUGUGCUCAGGAAAAGCCAACCCAGAGGGCCAGGGACAGCUGUCUGGGCCCCAAAGAUCCCCGCCCCCCACACCAGGAGACCUCCUGACACAAACCUAAGUUCCAGCAGUGGGGCCCAUCCUCUGAGUACAGGGAGCCCUAAGUUUUGCAGGGCUGGGUGGGCUCUAGGGCCUGUGCCCCUCAAGCAAUGGUGGGGUUGCAGGCUGUGGCCUCCCACCCACCCUGGUGUUCACGCCAGAACCUUUUGCACAGAACAUUGGGUCUCUUCUGCCUUGAGAGAGAUGUGUGGUGCCUGCCCCGGAUCACACAGCAUGGCAUGGAGCAUGGGCCAGAACUCUUGCCUUUCUUUUUUUUUGGGGGGGGGGGGACUGGUUUAUUUGAGAUUUAAGAUUAUACUUUUGGGGGUGAAAAUCACCCUCAAGAUACUAAUAGUGAGAUCGCAGGUACUUUGGAACCACUGACACCUCUUCACGGGUAGAUCAGCCAGUUCAGGUUCUCUCUCAAAGAGGACGCCCAGCUGGCAGGCCGAGUGCCAGGGCCCUCACCUUGCAGACAGAAUUCAGCCCCAUCUGGGGAGAAGUUGCCCAGGAGACUGACUGGCAGAGCUGGAUCUUGAACCCAGGCCUGCACCUAAAAAAUAAGGGAAGUGGAUCAUUCCCAAAGGGCUGGGGACACCCCCCCACUCAUGGGCUGCCUCUGGCAAAGGGGCAGGGGUGCCCCGACAGCCCCACUGCUCCUGCACCCUUGUGUGUCUUGGUCUUCCAGUGCCCAGGGCAUGAUGCGGUGGCAGUGCUGCCCCUCCCCCCGGACUGCAAACCACACUCAGCAUCUGCCCCCACCCACCAGCUGUGCCCUCCCCACCAUGGCUGCUCUGGGGGCAGAGGUAGGCUCUGCUUACAGUGGCUGUGAGACUACCCAGCUGAAA